UCCAUCCAACAAAUAUAUUAAUGCUGAUCAUUGCUACAAACUAAAUAGUUUUGGCAAUCAAAACUUUACAUGGAAACACGCCGGAAUUCCACAACUAAUGUGGUUGGUUUCACUCUCCUUCCAUCUGAGCUCAUCCAUUACAUAAUUCUCCGGUUAGCCUUACCCGAUAUCUUUCACUUAAAAUCCGUAAACAAAUACACAACAUCCAUUAUUAGCGACCAAGACUUUUCCCGUCAAUAUAACAUACAUUCAAGUUCAUCCACUUGGUUGUUUGUAUACAAGAAAAGGUGGCACCGUGAUCCUGUGGUGGUUCACGGCUAUACUCGAUCAUCCGAACGGUGGUUCAAGGUGAUGGUUGGAGAUAUAUUGAAACCGGUUAUUCCACCCGGUGAGGAUCUUUAUUUUUUGACCGCUUGUGGUAACUUUUUUUUAUUUGCUUUGAAUUGUAGUAGGGAAGUUAUCUCUGUCAAUCAUGUGACAAAAAAUGUCAAAAGAAUUCCUCAUAGCCCAUUAGGCCCACGAGGAACGUCUUCAUGGAGACGGUCCGGUAUUAAGUUACUAGUGGGCUCAAAUGGGCCAAGCCAGUUUAGGUUUUUGUUUGCUGAAAUAGUUGAUGGUAAUCCAACUUUGUUCGAGUAUGAUUCUUGGACAAACAAGUGGAAGUCAACGAUGGCGAAGGAAAACAAUAUGGAUUCGUCGUGUGUUGAUAAUAAAAAGGAUGAAAGUUGUAUAUUUUUAAGUGCGUCAAAUGGGCCAAGGAGAAGUAUUGUCAUUUCGGUUGGGAAUGACACGAAUGGACCCGUGGUUCUACGGCCCGUAUUCUCCGGAGAUUUGGAGGAUGGGGAAUUAGCCGUUGGGUUCAGUUGGGGAAGUGUGAUCAAUAGGUUACACAUAUAUGGUGAUGGGCGGAUGUUGAUAGUGAGAUCCGGACCCGAUAGCUUGGAUGAUGUGAACCGAGGAAUUCGGGUUGUAAAAGGGGUAGAGCUGUGGGGGUUGAGCCCAAAUGGAAGGCAGUGGGCCUUUGUUUCAAAUAUCCCAAAUGGGCUUAUUGAGGACAUUAAGAAGCCAUAUGGGGUAAUGAUGGGAUGUUUAGAAGAAAGAGAAGGGACAAUAAGGGCUAUUCUAAUGUCAAAUUUUGAUGGUAUUUGGGAUAUAAUUUGGCUUAGCUUUGAUGUGGAAAAGAAAGAAUGGGCUUGGGUACCCCUUCCUGAAUUUAAGAUGGAAGGCUCAAACAUGGCUGGGGUCACCUUCUCGUCUGGGCUUACCAUCUCUUAGAUCUAACCAUUGGUUGGUCUAACUUUUGUGUAAUUGUAAAAAUCACUUUUUUUUAUAUAUAUGUAAAAUAAUGUGAGUGUUGACCCUAAAAACUGUUUUAAAAAAAAACUUGAGGGAUUUUUAAACACUUUGAAAGUAGCUUCUUGUAUACAAGGCCUUAGCCCAUAGAUACUUACAUCCCUAUGUAUGUUUUAGCCAUCGACUUCAAUAUCAAUAUAUUAUCACAAA